GGAACUUUCCUCAAUGAAUCGUCCAGUUGCUUUCCUGUCUGAGCACAACCAAGUUCAGCGAUGUCGCAGAGGCGGGUCCGCAAUGGCUGCAAGAAUGUCGUCCUGGCUGUGUUUCUUGGACUGGUUCUCGGGCCGCACAUUGCUAUCAGCAAGGCGGGAAAGGCAAUUAAUUCAUAUGCGGGAAAGUACAUCGUCUACACAGACACGUUCUACAUGUGUGAUGCUGAAAAUACUUGGAACUGGAAUUUGAAGACCACGCACUGGAAUCCCGCCAAGCCAAACGAGCUGCAACGUAUUACUGGCUGGUUGAAUGGCACGCUGACCACCGUUACGGACGCAAAUUGGGUGAAUAUCCUGAUGGACGUGCGGUCGAACAACCAGUGGAAGCAGAACGCUUUCGUCUUCAAGUUUCCCAACGGUGCCUGCACUACGAUUAAGAAGCAGAUCCCAGAAUUCUGGAACGUCAUCUUCAAACUGCCGAGGAGCGACAAAACGCCGUGUAGUAUUCCACCGCAACUCUACGAGGUCAACGACGAGCCCAUCGCCUGGUUGUUCCCCAGCGUCCCCAUCAUGCCGUACGGGAUGUACCGCUUUCGACUUACCUCGGGGCUGCCUGGAAAGCCUCCUGUAGCGUGCUUCGUUGUGGAAUGCCACACUGUUCCUAAGCUGUCGUAA